AUGCAAAUUGCUUUAGCUGCUAAAUACAUUGGUGCAAGUAUUGCUACUUUAGGUUUAGGUGGUGCUGCUAUCGGUAUCGCUUUAGUUUUCGUAGCUUUAAUUAACGGUACUUCUCGUAACCCUUCUUUAAGAAGUACAUUAUUCCCUCAAGCUAUCUUAGGUUUCGCCUUAAGUGAAGCUUGUGGUUUAUUCUGUUUAAUGAUCUCAUUCUUAUUAUUAUACGCUGUUUAA